UCUCCCUUUCCCCCGCCUGCUGUGCAUCCUCCUCCCCUUCCCCACCGGUCCUCCUGCCUCCAUCCACCGGGGCUAUGGCCGCAGAAGAGGCAUCGCAGACGGUGGACCAUUACAAGACCGAGAUAGAGAGGCUGACCAAGGAGCUCACAGAGACGACCCACGAGAAGAUCCAGGCUGCCGAGUACGGGCUGGUGGUGCUGGAAGAGAAGCUGACCCUCAAACAGCAGUAUGACGAGCUGGAGGCCGAGUACGACAGCCUCAAGCAGGAGCUGGAACAGCUGAAGGAGGCAUUUGGGCAAUCCUUCUCCAUCCAUCGGAAAGUGGCUGAGGACGGAGAGACUCGAGAGGAAACCCUUCUGCAGGAGUCAGCAUCAAAGGAAGCUUACUAUCUGGGGAAGAUCUUGGAGAUGCAGAAUGAGCUGAAACAGAGCCGGGCCGUGGUCACUAACCUACAGGCGGAAAACGAGCGGCUCACCGCUGUCGUGCAGGAUCUGAAGGAGAACAAUGAGAUGGUGGAGCUGCAGAGGAUACGGAUGAAGGAUGAAAUCCGGGAAUAUAAGUUCCGGGAAGCCCGGCUCCUUCAGGACUAUACUGAGCUAGAAGAAGAAAAUAUCACAUUGCAGAAACUAGUGUCCACAUUGAAGCAGAACCAGGUCGAAUACGAAGGCUUAAAGCACGAGAUUAAGCGAUUUGAGGAGGACACGGUGCUGCUCAACAGCCAGCUGGAGGACGCCAUCCGACUGAAGGAGAUCGCCGAGCACCAGCUGGAGGAGGCCCUGGAGACUUUAAAGAAUGAAAGGGAGCAGAAGAACAGCCUGCGGAAGGAGCUGUCCCAGUACAUCACCCUCAACGACAACCACAUCAGCAUCUCAGUGGAUGGACUCAAGUUUGCCGAGGACGGGAGUGAACCCAACAAUGAUGACAAGAUGAACGGGCACAUCCACGGGCCUCUGGUGAAACUGAACGGGGACUACCGGACUCCCACCUUAAGGAAGGGAGAGUCUCUGCACCCUGUCUCUGACUUGUUCAGCGAGCUGAACAUUUCAGAAAUACAGAAAUUGAAGCAGCAGCUUAUGCAGGUAGAGCGGGAAAAGGCCAUUCUCCUGGCCAAUCUGCAGGAGUCCCAGACGCAGCUGGAACACACCAAGGGCGCGCUGACGGAGCAGCACGAGCGGGUGCACCGGCUCACGGAGCACGUCAACGCCAUGAGGGGCCUGCAGAGCAGCAAGGAGCUCAAGGCCGAGCUGGACGGGGAGAAGGGCCGGGACUCGGGGCAGGAGGCCCACGACUACGAGGUGGACAUCAAUGGUUUAGAGAUCCUCGAGUGUAAGUACAGGGUGGCAGUGACUGAGGUGAUUGAUUUGAAAGCCGAAAUUAAGGCUUUAAAGGAGAAAUAUAAUAAAUCCGUGGAGAACUACACGGAAGAGAAGGCCAAGUAUGAGAGUAAGAUCCAGAUGUAUGAUGAGCAGGUGACGAGCCUUGAGAAGACCAGCAAGGAGAGUGGUGAGAAGAUGGCCCACCUGGAGAAGGAGCUGCAGAAGAUGACGGGCCUGGCCAAUGAAAAUCACAACACCCUCAACACUGCCCAGGAUGAGCUGGUGACGUUCAGCGAGGAGCUAGCGCAGCUUUACCACCAUGUGUGUCUGUGUAACAAUGAAACUCCCAACAGGGUCAUGCUGGACUACUAUAGGCAAAGCAGAGUCACCCGCAGCGGCAGCCUGAAAGGGCCCGAUGAUCCCAGGGGACUUUUGUCCCCACGAUUAGCCAGGCGGGGUGUGUCAUCUCCUGUAGAAACAAAGGCCCCAUCGGAACCAGUUGCGAAAGAAAACACAGAGCCCAGCAAAGAGCCGAGCCCCACUAAGACCCCCACGAUCUCUCCCGUUAUUACUGCCCCACCAUCCUCGCCAGUGCUGGACACGAGUGACAUCCGCAAAGAGCCCAUGAAUAUCUACAACCUCAAUGCCAUAAUCCGGGACCAAAUCAAGCAUCUGCAAAAAGCUGUGGACCGGUCCUUGCAGCUGUCUCGUCAGAGAGCGGCGGCUCGGGAGCUGGCUCCCAUGAUCGACAAAGACAAGGAGGCCUUAAUGGAAGAGAUUCUGAAGCUGAAGUCGCUGCUGAGCACCAAGCGGGAGCAGAUCGCCACGCUGAGGGCCGUGCUGAAGGCCAACAAGCAGACAGCCGAGGUGGCGCUAGCUAAUCUCAAGAACAAAUAUGAAAAUGAAAAAGCGAUGGUGACGGAAACCAUGACGAAGCUUAGAAAUGAACUGAAGGCUCUGAAAGAAGACGCUGCAACUUUCUCUUCGCUGAGAGCCAUGUUUGCAACAAGAUGUGAUGAGUAUGUCACACAGCUGGACGAGAUGCAGAGACAGUUAGCAGCCGCGGAGGACGAGAAGAAGACUCUAAACACUUUGUUACGGAUGGCUAUCCAGCAAAAACUCGCCCUGACCCAGAGGCUGGAGGACUUAGAGUUUGACCAUGAGCAGUCCCGACGCAGCAAAGGCAAACUUGGAAAGAGCAAGAUCGGCAGCCCUAAAGUAAGUGGGGAGGCACCAGUCACCGUGCCCACCAUAGACACUUACCUCCUGCAUAGUCAGGGCCCACAGACACCCACCAUUCGGGUCAGCAGUGGCACUCAGAGGAAAAGACAAUUUUCACCUUCCCUUUGUGAUCAGAGCCGUCCCAGGACUUCAGGGGCUUCCUACCUACAGAGUUUAUUAAGAGUUCCCCCUGAUCCCACCUCCACAGAAUCAUUUCUUCUGAAGGGCCCCCCUUCCAUGAAUGAAUUCAUCCAAGGGCAGCGGCUCAACAAGGAAAAAAGGUUAACCGUGGCUCCACCAGAUUGUCAGCAGCCUGCUGCCUCCGUACCGCCACAGUGCUCACAACUAGCCGGGAGGCAAGACUGCCCGACUGUCAGUCCUGACGUAGCUCUCCCCAAGGAGCAGCCGCCUGCCAGCCCCCAGUGCACCCCUCUCCGCUGUCUCUCCAAGCCUCCUCACCCCUAGUCUUCAUUUCCUGUGGACAAACAUCUGGGGUGAAAAGUUUGGUAGCCACACCCAGGAUACUGCCCAGGAUCCAGCAGGUGUUUUCUUCUGGGUUGUUAGAAGAUAAUCUUGGAUUAAAGCCUGUCAUUUUGGAAGAUAAAGAAAGUUGAGAAGAAUAACACAAAGCACAGACUCCGGUGUGAUAAAACCUUUUGUGGUUUCGCUAAGUCCCAGAUAGACUUCUGCAAUCAAACAGCUACAGUCCAGUGACAUUUAAAAAAAAGAAACAAAACAUUAUUCUCACUCAGAUGGCUGGCUUUACCUCGAUCGCAUAAGAGAGACCUAAGAUGAUGUAAAAUACGUAUAUUGUAAAUCAUCUUUCCUCACACUCCAAAUUCCGCUAUAGACAUUGAUUCCAAUAUUUUUUGCCGUUGAUAUUUAUUUUGUACUUUAUUUGCUACAUGAUUUAUGUCUAUAAAAGUAAUUUCUGUGAGACGUGAAUUUAAUUCAUUUAUUUUCAGAUAAGCAUAAUUUGCUGAGUUAAGAAUGAGUUUAUGUUUAGUUUGAAGUCUGGAAUGGGCCAGACUGUGGUCAUUUUUCUUGCACAAAAUGAUAAAUGAGGUGCAUCGGAAUGUUAACAAUAACUAUUUUGCUGCUACACUGAUGUUGUUUAUGCUCUUAUUUUCUAAUCAGCUCAUUAACUGCUGGGUUUUGUUUUUGUUUGUUUUUUGAACUAGAGUUCUUCACUCUAAAAAGAGACUAAGUUAUGAUGCAUUGAUUUUUUUUUUUUUCAAGUUUUGAUGGUAUCUUUAAUUUUUUUAAAUUGAAGCUGAGUCGAUGUACUGGUGCUGCACCUUUGUGUGUGUGUAUGUGUGUGAUUAUGUUAAAGAAGGCUAAAUAACUUGAAGGGAAAAAAUAAUGUGUUUAUUUAAUGUCCAGAACUUUUUUUUACUUCUCCCAAAUUCAGGGUCCUACUAUAAGUCUUUCCUGGUAAAAGGUAUCAUGUACAAAUGGGAAAAUAUCUACACAGAUAGAUGUAUGGUAGCCUUUGGUUAAUUCAUUUACCCAGAAAGUGUUCAAAUUUCGAUCAGAAUUGUAUGUUUUGUUGUUGUUAGGUUUUUCAUAAUGAAUCUUCCUUGCCAAAAAAAACAAUAGAUAAUAAACCUUAGCUCACUGUCUACUUUUGACAAACACUCAGGUGCCUACAAUCAUAUUAUAUUGAGAUGAUACAUGUUUCCUAGUUAAUUUACAGAUUCUGCUGGGUAACUUUUAUGACUUGAUUUAAGGCAGUGGAUUUUCAUAGCAAAAUUUAUUUUGCACAUAAUCUGACAAACAAGGAAAACAGCUAAUUGAGCUGAAAGGUCUAAACAUUCUUGGGCUCCUUAACUCUCAAGUGCUGCCCACACAAUCGCUCCUAGCCCUGACUCCUUGUCUUUGUCAGGUAGCCUUAACUUAUUUAAAACCAUAAAGGUUUUACCUUUUCAUGUAAGGAUAUACGGAACUCCUCUUCAAAAGAAACAAAAGAAAAAUGAUCCUUGCUGUUAACACAAAGGAUAGUUAACAGUGCAGGGCGCUAAUCAUGGAGAUCUGGG